AUGUCUGACGUUGAAUCCCCGACUGCGGCCAAGGCGAAGCUGAAAGAGGUUCGUGCCGUGCCGCGCGUGCCGGUGUCGCAAAAUGCAGGCUUUCCGCCUUUUCGUGUUUCUUGCCCCGUUCUUCGCAUUUUAGUUCCCACGUUAACGAGAGCGCGUUUCUUCCGCCCAUAUUCCACUCCCUUCCGUGCCCCCCUUUCGCCGCCCUUCCGCGUCCCCCUUCCCCGCCCUUCCGCUCCCCCCUUCCCCACCCUUUGGCGCCUCCCCUUUCCGCGUGCGCGUAUGUCACCACCAGGGGCGUCCCCUCCCCACAUGCCUUCCGUCCUUCGUUCUUACCAGACUCCUUCCUUACCUGUCGUCCUCUCCCUGCCCCUUCCUGCCCCCUUACUGCCUUCCCCACAUUCCCUCCAUCCUUCGUUCUUACCUGACUCCCCCUUCCUCCGUUCUCUUCCUUCUUCCCCCAUUUCCCCCUCCCCUCCCCUUUUCCCCGUUCUCUUCCCCUCUUCCAGCCGGACCAACCUCACCUCUUCCCCUCCUCUUCCUACACCUCCCCGCUCAUUCCUCCCCAUCACGUGCAUCACAGGGUCCACGGUUGAAAUCCUCAAGGACCCAAAGUUCGAAAUCCUCAAGGUGGAUUUGAAGCAGCUGAACUUUGGAACUUCUGGGAACCUUCUGUUUGAUUUCAACAACUUCAAGGUCAAGGCAAACGGCAAGGCGGAUGUCAAGGCGCUGGUGGUUAACCCUAACAACCACGAGGUGAUCGUGGAGGCGCUCAAUGUCAACCUGAAGCUCUUCAAUGUUGAUAUUGCAAACACUUCGAUCCCCGGAUUCGAGCUCUCAAAGAAGGGAAACAUCACACUGAGCAUUCCAUUUCCCAUCAAGAAUCUUCCGGUCAUUGCUACCGGUAACAAGGACAACCUCAUUACUACAUCGCUCCGCAAGGGACAAGUGGAUGUCAAGGUGGGAUACUGA